UUUGCCGGGUUGCACUUUCUGUCAGUCCAGGGCUCCAAGAGGAGAGCAACAGCCAGAGAGAGAGAGAGAGAGAGAGAGAGAGAGAAGGGAGGAGAGAGAGCAAGUGUGAACGCAGGGGGUUGCCAGGUUUUAAUCCCAGUCCCACGCUUUAAGAAAGUGCCUCUCCGUUUCAUCGAGGAUGGAGAACGCACACAACAAAGAGUCAGAGGACGUUCUGUCCAACUUUGGCGUCACUGAAGAAACCGGCCUGUCUCCCGAGCAGGUCAAGAACAACCUGGACAAGUAUGGCUUCAACGAGCUGCCAGCCGAGGAGGGAAAGACCAUCUGGGAGUUGGUUGGGGAGCAGUUCGAGGACCUGUUGGUCAGAAUCUUGCUGCUGGCCGCCUGCAUCUCUUUUGUCCUGGCUUGGUUCGAAGAAGGUGAGGAGACUGUCACUGCCUUCGUCGAGCCUUUCGUCAUCCUCCUCAUCCUCAUUGCAAAUGCUGUUGUGGGAGUGUGGCAGGAGCGCAACGCAGAGAGUGCCAUUGAGGCUCUGAAGGAGUACGAGCCCGAGAUGGGGAAGGUUUACCGGUCGGACAGGAAGAGCGUGCAGAGAAUCAAGGCCAGGGAGAUCGUUCCCGGUGACGUGGUGGAGGUUUCCGUUGGUGACAAAGUGCCAGCUGACAUCAGGAUCAUCUCCAUCAAAUCCACGACCCUGCGUGUGGACCAGUCCAUUCUUACUGGUGAGUCCGUCAGUGUGAUCAAACACACUGAAGCCGUACCAGACCCCCGAGCCGUCAACCAGGACAAGAAGAACAUGCUGUUCUCUGGCACCAACAUCGCUUCUGGAAGGGCCACUGGUAUCGCCGUGGCAACUGGCGUGUCCACUGAGAUCGGUAAGAUCCGUGACCAGAUGGCCGCCACCGAGCAGGAGAAGACUCCUCUGCAGCAGAAACUGGACGAGUUCGGGGAGCAGCUCUCUAAGGUCAUCUCCCUCAUUUGUGUGGCCGUGUGGAUAAUCAACAUUGGCCAUUUCAAUGACCCCGUCCACGGAGGCUCCUGGUUCCGCGGCGCUAUCUACUAUUUCAAGAUUGCCGUGGCUCUGGCUGUGGCUGCCAUUCCUGAAGGCCUUCCCGCCGUCAUCACCACCUGCCUGGCUCUGGGAACACGCCGUAUGGCAAAGAAGAACGCCAUCGUCAGAAGCCUGCCCUCGGUGGAGACCCUGGGCUGCACCUCAGUCAUCUGCUCCGACAAGACUGGCACGCUCACCACCAACCAGAUGUGUGUAACCAAGAUGUUCAUCAUUGACAAAGUGGAGGGUGACAGCAUUUCCCUCGGUCAGUUCGACAUCUCUGGCUCAAAGUACACACCUGAAGGAGAAGUCACAAAGAACGGUUCGUCUGUGAAGUGUGGGCAGUACGACGGACUGGUGGAGCUGGCCACCAUCUGCGCUCUGUGCAACGAUUCUUCUCUGGACUACAACGAGUCCAAGGGUAUUUAUGAGAAAGUGGGCGAAGCCACCGAAACAGCCCUGAGUUGCUUGGUUGAGAAGAUGAAUGUGUUCAACACUGAAGUCCGUGGCUUGUCCAAGGUGGAGAGGGCCGACGCGUGCUGCAGUGUGAUCAAGCAGCUGAUGAGGAAGGAGUUCACCCUGGAGUUCUCCAGAGACAGGAAGUCCAUGUCAGUCUACUGCUCUCCCGCCAAGUCCGCCAAAGCCGUGGGAAACAAGAUGUUCAUCAAAGGAGCUCCAGAGGGUGUCAUCGAUCGCUGCUCCUACGUCCGAGUGGGCACCAACCGCGUACCCCUGACUGCGCCGGUCAAAGACAACAUCCUGUCCAUCAUCAAGGAGUGGGGCACGGGGCGCGACACCCUCCGCUGCCUGGCACUUGCCACCUGCGACUCUCCUGUGAGGAAGGAAGACAUGAACCUGGAGGAUGCGACCAAGUUUGCAGACUACGAGACUGAUUUGACCUUCGUGGGCUGCGUGGGCAUGCUCGACCCUCCUCGCAAGGAGGUCAAGGACUCCAUCGAGCUGUGCAGGGCGGCUGGUAUCCGUGUCAUCAUGAUCACUGGUGACAACAAGGGCACAGCGGUGGCCAUCUGCCGUCGAAUCGGCAUCUUCACUGAGGAUCAGGAUGUCACUGGCAAGGCCUUCACCGGUCGUGAGUUUGAUGACCUCGCUCUGUACGAUCAGAAGAAGGCAGUUCGAGAGGCCUGCUGCUUCGCCAGAGUAGAACCGUCCCACAAGUCUAAGAUCGUUGAGUUCCUGCAAAGCUUUGAUGAGAUCACUGCCAUGACCGGUGACGGAGUGAAUGAUGCCCCCGCUUUGAAGAAAGCGGAGAUUGGCAUCGCCAUGGGCUCUGGCACUGCCGUUGCCAAGUCUGCCUCUGAGAUGGUCCUGGCUGACGACAACUUCUCUUCCAUUGUGUCCGCUGUUGAGGAGGGCAGAGCCAUUUACAACAACAUGAAGCAGUUCAUCCGCUACCUCAUCUCCUCCAACGUAGGCGAGGUCGUCUGUAUCUUCUUGACGGCCGCCCUGGGUCUGCCCGAGGCUCUGAUCCCCGUCCAGCUGCUGUGGGUCAACCUUGUGACUGAUGGUCUGCCCGCCACCGCCCUGGGCUUCAACCCCCCUGACCUGGACAUCAUGGGCAAAGCCCCCCGCUCCCCCAAGGAGCCCCUCAUCUCAGGCUGGCUCUUCUUCAGAUAUAUGGCCAUUGGAGGUUACGUCGGAGCUGCGACCGUUGCAGCAGCUGCCUGGUGGUUCCUGUACUGCGACGAAGGCCCAAUGGUCUCCUUCCACCAACUGUCACACUUCAUGCAGUGCAGCGAGGACAACGAGGACUUUGACGGGAUCCGCUGUGAUGUGUUCGAGUCUUCUCCUCCGAUGACCAUGGCUCUGUCCGUGCUGGUCACCAUUGAGAUGUGCAACGCCCUGAACAGCUUGUCUGAGAACCAGUCCCUGGUGCGCAUGCCCCCCUGGAGCAACUGCUGGCUGGUGGGUGCCAUGACCCUCUCCAUGUCCCUUCACUUCAUGAUCAUCUACGUCGACCCCCUGCCCAUGAUCUUCAAGCUCACUCACUUGAACGUGGAGCAGUGGCUGAUGGUGCUGAAGCUCUCCUUCCCGGUCAUCCUCAUCGACGAGCUCCUCAAGUUUGUGGCUCGCACAUAUCUGGAGGGGAAAGUCUAGAGGCGAAGUUCAUCAGAGAGUGUCUGAAGCAGAGCGAGAGAGAGAGAGAGAGCAAGAGAGAGAGAGAGAGAGAGAGAGCACAGAGACACAGAGGAUGGAGAGAAAAGGCCGAGCGCUCCCACUGCCAGCGAGCCUGCCGACAGUCGCCUGAUGUGAUGAAAACAUCGAGCGGCGUGAAUACAGCAGAAAACACAUAAGCCAUCUGAAAAAUACACCAAAAAAAAAAAAGCUGCAAAAUAUUUUUUUUUUCUGUGUAUGUACUGAAAUUAAUAUAUAGGUUAAACUUAUUAAAACUAUUCUGUGUUGAUUCUAUUCUUAAAGAAUAAAAGAUAUGUAUUAAAGAAAGUGUCGAACUUGGAUGUUUCCUGUUCGGUUUGGACGGAUGUAAUUUGCUGUUGAUUAUAAUCUGAUGACAUUAAUGGAAGUGUUACAGGAAUUAUAAUGUGGUGAACAACAUUGUGUGGACGUGCUGGGACUGAAAACCAGAGUCAUCAGAGUUUUAAAAGAGAUUCUGCAGCUGUGAGGCUCGAGCGUUCAACAUCUGUAUGAAGAAAGCGUCUUUGUGUUCUGCUUUGUUGCCAAGUGUUUUCUGCCCCGCUUCAACAAAAGCUCCUCUGUAGCCUGUUAAUACACCGCUGAAUAUCUGUAAAUAUAUUCAUGUCGCCUGUU